AUGGUGCUGCUCGCGGCGGCAAUAUGCACCAAGGGCGGCAAAGCCCUGGUCUCACGUCAGUUCGUCGAGAUGACGAAGUCGCGAAUCGAAGGCCUGCUGGCGGCCUUCCCGAAAUUGCUGUCUGGCGGCUCGACCGCCGCUUCGGCGGCUCCGAAGCAGCACACUUUCGUGGAGACUGAGUCCGUUCGCUACGUGUAUCAGCCUCUGGAGAAGCUGUACAUGUUGCUGGUGACGACGAAAGCUUCCAACAUCCUGGAGGACCUGGAAACGUUGCGACUCUUUUCCCGCGUCAUUCCUGAGUAUUGCCGCAACAUUGAAGAGGCCGAUGUUUUGGACAACGCGUUCGAGUUGAUCUUCGCCUUCGACGAAAUCGUGGCGUUGGGUUACAGGGAAAGUGUUAAUCUGGCGCAGAUCCGAACCUACGUUGAGAUGGAUUCGCAGGAAGCAAAAAUUCAUCUCGCCAUGCGUCAAAAUCAAGAGCGGGAAGCGAAGCAGAAGAUGCGCGAGAAGGCGAAAGAGCUGCAGAAACAGCGCUUGGAAGCUGCCAAAAAAGGCUCCCGUCCGUCCACGACAGGUUUCGGCCGAUCGAACGGUUACGACGGGAUAUCCAGCGACAGUCAUUCGCGAUUUGUGCCGCCAAUGGCGUCCUCGGAGCCCGUGGUGACGCCCAAGCCCGCCGCCGCGGUGCCCAAGGCUCCCUCCGGCCCAAGCAAGGCGCUCAAGCUUGGUGGGAAAGGCAAGGACGCCGACAGCUUUGUAGACCAGCUCAAAUCCGAAGGCGAGCGAAUCUCGUCUGCGCCUAAAACAAGCGCAGGAUCUACCAAUAAAACUGCGAAGAAAGCCCCGGAAAUUGAACGCACUGAGCCGCCUUCAUUUCCUCUGGAUUCCAUCAGGGUUUUGGUGAAACUGGAGGAGAAGAUCAAUCUUCAAGCCGGUCGGGACGGUGGAGUUCAGAGUAUGGAAGUGCACGGGAUAAUGAUGCUGAGCAUUCACGACGAGGCGUUCGGAUGCAUAAAACUACGAUUGGAAAACAACGAUAAGAAAGGGUUCCAGCUCCAGACUCAUCCCAACGUGGACAAGGAAGCCUUCAAGAACCAAAACAUCUUGUGUCUCAAGAACGUGUCCAAGCCGUUCCCCAUGUUCACAGAGGUCGGUGUGCUCAAGUGGCGCCUCCAGACGCAGGACGAGGCAGCAGUGCCUUUAACCAUAAAUUGUUGGCCAUCGGAGAACGGAAGCGGGGGAUGUGACGUGAAUAUAGAAUACGAGCUGCAAGACGCUUCCCUGGAGCUGCUGGACGUGACGAUUGUAGUGCCUAUCGCCGGAAAUCCGGUUGUUUCGUCCUGCGACGGCGAUUACGAGUCAGAUCCGCGCAAAGGGCGGCUGGUGUGGAGCCUGGCGGUGAUCGACGCGGCGGCCAGGAGCGGCUCUCUCGAGUUCUCCACCAACGCCGGCACGCCCGAAGACUUUUUCCCUGUCUCUGUCUCAUUCAGCGCCAAGAAAUCCUACAUGGACUUGAAGGUCUCAGACGUGGUCACAAUCGAAGGCGAGAACCCCGUGAAAUACGCAAAAGAAAUAUCCCUGCAUGCGGACAAGUACGAGUUUGUCUGAACUCUGUGUUCCUCCAGGGAAGAGAAAAGCUAACAAAAACAUUCUUGUGCUGAAAAUGGAGUAAAAAGUGUGGGAGGCCGGGAGAUAGAAGAAAAUGAACCCUUUGUUGCCGUGCGGUCCUGUCGUGGAGAAAGGAAAAAAAAGGAACGCACUCCUCCUCGGAUAAUUAUGUCUUUUAAAAUUUCUUGAUGCUUCUUUUCGGCCAAAAAAAAAAAUCAUCCUCUCAUUACCUGGGAAAGGGAGGGGGUGGGUGUGUAACCCAGGACGCGUGAAUCAUAGGACUUCUGAAAAAUGAAAAAGAUGAAAUUUAUUUUUGAUUUUUCUUGCGGUUUUUUUUGUUGCUUUUGUUUCGGGGUAAUGUGAUGUUUUUCGAGGUUGACUUCGGCGUCCUAUUUUGGGGUGGUGUCGUUUCUUUUUAUUUUGAGUUGCAAGUCACCAAUCCUCGGGAGCAUGGCGGUGCUGUAAUUGCGACUAUUUAUCGGAGUUGUAAAGCGGGUGGGGGGUGUUGCUUUCUUUCUGACGGCUCCGUGUGUUGCCGAGGUUCUUCUUCAUUCCGAGUUUUGUGCGUUUUGCGACUGUUUGAAUUGAAUCCGAAUUUUCUUUUCGCUUUCUUGGUGGAUCGGAUAUCCACGCGCUGUUAUCAAUCAAUUUUCAAACACACACACAUUGCCCUUGUCUGUUGAUUACUUGGAAAAUGUUUGAUGCACGGUGAAUAUUUUAUCGGAAACCAUGAAUUGGAGUUGGAAAUGAAGCAAAAAAAUAUUAAAUGAAA